GCAGAGAAGUGCAAAGAUAUUUAACUGAAUUGACAAUUGAAUUGUGAUUUUGGUUUUGUUGAGCCGACGAAAAAGCGCAAUUUUGUUUUGUUAUUUGUUUAAAACACAAGAUUUUUGCAAAAUAUCUUAAAGAAAUUUUUUAUAAUUAAUAAAGAAAUAUGUCAGAAACUGCAUUUGUUUCAAAACGAGGCUUAAUUCGUGCCAGAGAAGCUCGUGCAGAUGGAAGUUCCAUAAAUCGAAACCUGGAUCUGUCCAUAACUCUAGCCCCAAGUGAAAUCCAAAGACUUUUGGACAGUCACAACACAUCUAAUCUAAACAACAGUGGUAACUUCUCCAUGUUGCCUGAAAGUACAAGUAAUUUCUUGGGUACGGAACCGGCAAACAGUGGGCGUUCGAUUCUUGAGAAUAAUGAACUUGACAUAAGGGAAAAGGCAAACAUGCUUUUUCCUCAAUUCCUUGAAGUUCUCCAGAGCCAUAAUAAUGACUCUGAAGUUUUCGAUACAAUUCAAGACAUAAUCCAUAUAUGUUCUGGAAUCGUUGACGAACUGGACAGAGAUGGUAUGCGGACAAUGUACAUCAAACAAAAGUGUGAAGAACACUUAUGGUUCGAACAGGAGCACAUUACUUGGAAACUCUUAUACGCUUUGUACAAGGAUAGAAUAAUGGUGCAAACGGAGCCCAUGGAGGAAGUAGCACUGGGAUGCUCAGAUAAAGAAGUUAUUAGUCAACUGUACUCCUGCAACUCACAUAUUCGUGAAUACCAACUUAUUGUCGAUUGGCUGGAAGCCUGCUACGUGAAAGAUGAAACAAUGCACGUAGGCCACUCAACCGAUCGUACUGUUGCCUGGGAAAAUACCUUGUUUCAACUGCAGAAUCCACAUGAUGUAGCGUUUAGUAACGGACGUGAAACCAUUAAGUCCUUAGACCCAGACGCUCCGGUCCGUGAGAAAAAACGGUUACAUCCGCUUGAUGAAGAGGACAACUUGCGGUUGUCUAAAGGAAUUUUUGCCGAGAUACGUCAGGGAAAGAUUGAUGAAGCUAUGGCCCUGUGCAAGUAUUGCGGUCAAACCUGGCGAGCAGCAUUGCUUGAGGGCUGGCGUCUUUACGAGGAUCCUAACUACGAGUCUGCAAACCCUAGAGAAAAGAUUCCUGUGGAGGGUAAUCCCCGCCGAGACAUUUGGAAAAAAUGUGCCUGGAUGAUGGCCGAUAGUAAUAAAUUCGACGAGUACACACGGGCUAUUGCAGGCGCUUUGUGCGGUCAUUUGGAAUCCCUUAAAGCUGUUCUGAGCAAAUCCUGGCUCGAUCUGCUGUGGGCCUACCUUAAGGUUCAAAUAGACAUUCGAGUUGAAAGCGAGAUUCGAUCGAUCAUGCCACAGGAAUACUGGGACAACAAGAUGUCUCUGGAACAAAUUUUCAAUGAACUUUCAGUCCAUAAGAACGAAAGUGUCAAAAAAGAAGCGAGAGACAAAAUGCACACCAUACAGAAGUACAUUAUUCUGGACAAUAUUCCUGAGAUGCUUCAGAAAAUGAAAUUGUGGGUGGAAGAGGAGAAACUAUCUCCACACAUGUUGCGGUUCCUAAGUCACAUUGUUCUUUUCAUGCGGCAGAUUGGAAAAGUCGAUAAAGAGGAAAUAGCGGAUGUGAUUAUAAAAGCCUUUGUUGAAUGUCUGAUUGAGUUGAAAGAGCCGCAAUUGGUGGCUUUUUAUACAGCUAGUUUGCCCAGCAAGAUGCAAGUUAUGCUGUACUCAAAAUUCUUGGAAACAAUUAAGGAAACUUCAGCCCGCGCUGCUGCCUUAGAAGAAGCUGUCUCAGCAGGUCUGGACGUACAGGGCAUAACGAAGCACACAGUACAAACCAUAAGAACUCGAGUCAUUGACGAGGAAGUCGUAGAGCAGAGACAACAAGGGGAUAUUUCCCAAUGGGAUCUGGAAAAAAUCAAAGCUCUUGAAUGGCUCACAUUUUACCCGGAGCAAAAGGGCGAACUUCUUUGGCAAGCUAAUGCUUUGUCUCGAACAUUUUUGGCUCAGGGAAAGACUGAAUGCAUGCGUGCAGCUUUUAAUAUUGUCCCUGCUGAUGCAUUGGCCCAAAUUAUUUCUAUAUAUGGUUCCAAGGACAACUUUCCAUGUCGCGAGGAAUGCAGCAUCAAAGAAUAUCUCAGCUACAAAGUAUAUUUGGUGGCUUUAGACGGCUUCAAUGACUGGUCUCAACUUUAUCAUAACAGGCCAAAAGAACCGCAAGCUGCUAACGUCAAUGCUAAUUUCACGGAACGAAUCGCAUCAGAGCACAAGGAGCAGUCCUACCGUUCGGAACUCGAUCGCUGGAAAAUGAAUCUAAACGAACAAACUUCAGUAACUCGUGAUGCGCUCUUCAACAUCCUUUUGUUUCCAGAAAAAGGAUGGCUAGUUGAUCCUGACUCCUCGAAGAAUCCAGCUAAUGUAGAUCAAUUGGAUUGGGAAAAUCGUUUGCAUCAAUUACAAAAGCUCCGUUCUGUUUGUAUUCCUGAAAUAGUAUUGCUGCUGCACAAAGUUCUACAACAGAGCGGUGAUUAUAAGGGCUGUAUAAAACUGGCAGAUGAAAUUUCAAGCGAACUGCGACAACUUUAUAAAGUUUAUACCAAGCACAAACUAGCUGAAUUGCUUGCAAAAAUAUCCGAAUCAUGUCUAACGCUUCUGAAUGAGAAACUUGACCCAUGGGGAUAUCAAAGCACUGCCUAAUUUUGUUCUUGUCACAGUUAAUUAAUUUUUUUUAAAUAUAUUUGUAUGUAUCAAUAAAUUAGUUUUGUUAUGAUCUUUGAACAGAAA